CUCUCCUGAACCAUCACAGUUUGAAUCAACAUCCCAGAGAAGGACCAACAAACAGAUCACCAUGUUGAAGGAAGUUUGUUUUCUGUUAAUGGCCACAUACGUGGCGGCAACCUAUGGCACAGGUUACCCCUCACAACCAAGCUAUCCAGCCCCGACCUACCCCAACAGUGGAUAUCGUUAUGUCAUCUACGUCCAAUACCUCUACUACUUGUACGCUGUGUACGGUCCCAACUCUGUACAAUACAUUCAGUAUUACCAAUACUUGAUCAGAUUGCACAUCAUUCCUCAAGGAUUCUCAUUUGGAUCUGGCGGAUUCCCAGGCGGUAUUGGCGGAAGUAGAAUUAUAGGGGGCGGUAGCGGCAUAACCCCAAUCGGAGGAGGAUAUAUCCCAGGUGGUGGUUUCCCAGGAAGCAGCAGAGGAUUUCCCGGUGGUAGAGGAGGAAGCUCUCUGAGUUUCUCAAGUGGAUCUGGAUUUUUCUCUGGAUCCGGAGGCGGUUUCCCAAGUGGCGGAUUUCCUAGCGGUGGAUUCCCCGGCGGACUCUCCUCCGGCGGAUUCCCCGGUUCCGGAAGCGGUUUCCCAAGUGGCGGAUUUCCUAGCGGUGGAUUCCCAGGCGGACUUUCCUCCGGCGGAUUCCCCGGUGGAUCUUUCCCCGGAUCUGGAAGUGGUGGGUUCCCAGGCGGACUCUCAUCUAGCAGUUUUUCUAGCGGUAGUUCCUUCCUGAGCAGCGGCAGUUUAGGUGGUGGUCCUGGCGGUAUCGGAGGUGGUCCUGGAGGAAUCGGUGGAGGAAUAGGAGGAAUUGGAGGAGGAAUAGGAGGAGGAAUUGGAGGAGGAAUAGGAGGAGGAAUUGGAGGAGGAAUAGGAGGAAUUGGAGGAGGAAUUGGAGGAGGAAUAGGAGGAAUUGGAGGAGGAAUAGGAGGAGGAAUUGGAGGAGGAAUAGGAGGAAGAAUUGGAGGCAGAAAGAAACUUGGUUUUUACUAAACUGUUCCCGGAUUGACUGAGAUGGAUUUGGCCUUGAACUUGCAUUUCAUGUGAUUUGCUUUUUUGUUAGGUUGUGGAAUAAACAAAUGAUGCCCAAA